AUGAAAAAUUAUGCAAUAACACAAAAUGCCUUUUUACCCUUCGUAUCAUCCCAUGAAAUCUUGGGAGUUAACUCACUACCACUAAAACUAGAAAAAGAAUUAAGAGAGUAUAAAAUUUGCAAAGAUCAAAUCGCUAUAAAACAAGACAUCAGCGAAUUGAAGUCUCAUAUUCUAACUUUAGGAACGAUUGGAAGCACAUCCAAGAAAUAA